ACACUCUGUAUCCUACUGAAUCUGAAGUUAAAGUCCAGUUGAGUAGCUGAACCUCUACAUUUUCGUCUCACCUGGACUUUGGCCUCAUUCACCGUUGAAGUGAUUUAAAGUAAGGCAGAUAGGAGUUUACAUGUGGGUUUAUCUCAUUUGACACAGAUAAGUGAAGGGUUGGUGUCAGUCACUGUGAUGUGAACCUGAGGCUGAAGUCCAGCUUUAACUGGGCAGGAGAGGCUUCAGUCAGUGAACUCUGAAUCUGAAGUCAGCAGUUGUGUUUGCAUUCUGGUGCUUUUCAAUCAGUCAGAGCAGGCAAAUUCAGUGUGGGGGGUGAAGACCCGAGGACAGAGAACAACAUAUUCCUGCGCUGUGUCAUCACACAGGUGGCUCUUCUCGUUUUGGUUUGACUGCAGAGAAACAGGAAGGAUGCAGUGUUCAGGAUACUGGCUGUCAGCAGCUGCUUUGCUGCUCCUUACUGUGACUGGAUGUAACACUGAGCAUCUCCAGGCAGAAAACCUCCAUCUUCUUCCCCCAGAUGAGCAAAACUCAGUCCUGAACCAGGGAAUGAGAGCGCUGCCCAGAGACUGCUAUGAAAUGCUGAUGGCUUCUUCAGGUCAGGCCAGAGACGGUGUGUACCUCAUCCAGCCAGGUGACUCCCCCAUCGUUGCUUACUGUUCCAUGCAGGAGGGAGGCUGGACGGUGGUGCAGCAUAUCACCAUUAAUAGUAGCGUGAAUUUCGAUCGCACCUGGGCUGAAUACAAAGACGGCUUCGGGGAUGUUACUGGGGAUCACUGGCUUGGGAAUGAACACCUUCAUCAGCUCACCCGCGGCCCUGGACGCUAUAAACUAGGAGUGAAACUCGUGGACCAAGAUGCCAUCACCAAGACGGGGGAGUACGAUCCAUUCCUGGUGGAGGAUGAGUCAUCAGCAUACAGGCUGAGGCUGGGUUUGUUCGAGGGUACAGCUAUAGAUGCUCUGACCCUGGACACAGAAAACUACCUGCAUGACAAUCAGAAGUUCACCACUAAAGACAGAGACAAUGACAAUUACUUCCAAAACUGUGCCAAACUGGAGUUUCAAGGGGUUCCAGGAGGAGGUUGGUGGUACGACGCCUGCGCUGGUGCCAAUCUAAACCGCAGAAAUGUCAUCUACUGGCAAAAGGACUGCAACAAGGAGCGGCUGUGUAAAUAUGCAUGGAUGAUGGUGAGACCUUCAGACACAAUAAAACUGAUUCCAAGUGGAGACUGCAAGAAGGAUGAGCUUUAAAGGACAUCAUUCUCUCACGUUAUUUGUGCCUGGUUUUAGUUUCUUUCAAGAUUAUCUUUCCGUCAAACACCAAAAUCGGUUAUUUUCUGAUAAUAGCUCUUACGUUGGACGUUCAGUUCACCACAUUUUAUUCUGAAAUGCAUGGACAUGAUCACAAAAUACUGAAAAGAAAUCCAAACUUUAUCACAAACUUUAAACACAGUAUAAAAUUGCAGUACAGUUUUUAGCUCUAGCUUUGUUUCCACCAUGUCAAUAUGCUUGAAGCAAAGCAUCAAUUUCAUUCCACAAAUUGCAAGUGCAGACGUCUGGUUUAUCACAGUUACAAAGAAAAUUGUUUCAAGACAAUAUAGCUUAUGACACAUAGUAGUAAAAUAACUUUUGGAUCUCGUCUUCCAUCCAAUGCUCACAGAAAGAAACACCUCACAAACAAACAGCAUUUUUUGCACGGUACAAGUUUGCCAGAAAUACAAUAAGAAUAUGAUGACAUAUUGAUUCAGCUACAGUAAUUCCAAGAAAACCGACGCUGCAUUUCAAAGAAAAAGAAAAUAUCCUGAGGAUGAGAAGUAAUACAUUUUCAGAAACAUUGUGUACUGUUUCCCAUGUAAACACUGACACUGUUAGAAAGUUAGUUAUGUAGUUAGGAUUAAAUAAUUAACAGGUUUGUUUUUUGACUGUUGCUUGUAGUUUAACUCAUGUAUUAGAAAUCUAACUUUAUUUUCCAGUGGGAUUUUGUACGACAGAAAAUGCAUAACAUGUAAUGCGAAAACAAUGAUGUAAUCUGUAUUUAUUUAUCUGACAAAUAUGACAAUGGCACGCGUGAAAAGGCUUCAGUUUAUCAUCAAGUCAUAACCUUGACUUUGCAAGCAGAGUCUGACAUCAGGACGACAUGUAUUAGCCCUUCAAAAUAAAAUAGCAUUUGCUAAAUGUGCAUUGUCAAGACAAUACUAAGAGAAUUAAAGAGAUCUGCAUGUGUUGUGAUA